UGCUAUUGCUCAUAGAUAACAGAGUAGAAUUAGACGAGCUCACACUUUUGUCUUCCUCGUGCUCCGUUGGUCGGCGGUCGCCGAAUUGGAAGCAAGCGAAAGCAGCGGGCUAUGCUCUUCCUCGUCCCCGUAUGGCGUCGGUUCCUAAGCAAGAUAUCGUUCCGAAGUAGAUGAUUUACUUGAAGAAUAAGAAGAAAGUCUUCGUGCCUUUUCCGAUGUCGAAUGGAACACGAUACGAAGCCUGUGUUUCGAUAAGAUCAGACUAUCUCAGCAACAGAGAUGUCAAGAUUCGCCUCGUAAAAGGAAUUCUUUGAGAGCUGGUUUUCGUUUGGCGUCUUAUGCCAUUGUUGUAGACUGGGUUAUAGGAUAUUUGCUUUAGUCUUUAAUGCUGUCGUUGAAUCUGUACCUUUCACCAAUUGCCAAAGUGAAGGGAAAGAAGAAGAAGUGAAGCAAUCUCUUUAUGCUUGUUUUCUCAAUAUGAGAGAACAUCGGAUGUGGUGGCCCUGAAAAAUGAAAACAGCCAAACUUCAAGGUCAAGCAUGCUGCCAAAAAAUGCUGGCUUUGGAGGCAUAGCAAUCUAACUCUGCUCCUGAUGCUCCAUAGAUGUCAAUUUUCUUUUGUUUUGCGACCAGGUUACCAUAGAAUUUGUGCAAUAUUUAGCAUAACAAAUAUUCAAGUUGCGUAAUUCUUCCAUUACUUCAUAUGGAUGGUGCCCUUAUUCUUCCUGUUGCAAGAACAAUGAGCAAAUCCAUUGUCGAUGUGUUUCUCCGGUGGUUUCUCUGUUACUGGAACAUGUUCUGAUGAUGAGCUCCUGAUUGUUCAAUAAUCAUUGAAAAUUGUUUUGUUGAACCUAUCAGAGGAGAGCAUUACACCACUUAAUUAGAAUGUGAUCAUUAUCAUACUUAUCGAGAUAUGCUAGAAGAAAGCCCUUGUGUCUUCCUACGAGAAAUUGGGUGCCACAAGCAGUAUCAUUGUUUCAUUCGCAAUUGGUAGGAAGGUGUUCUCAGAAUCUCUUAUGUUCUAUGAACUUGUUUUCUCUUGAGUUACUAGUUUUGAACUUCUCCAAGGUAAUUGAUUGAGUCACAAGCAGUAUCAUUGUUUCACUUGCAAUCGGUAUGAUAAACACCUUAUUAUGUGCUAUUCUUCAAAUGGCAAAGCUCUUAUGUUUGUGCAGAUUCCCAACAAGGACAGACAAGUUUGCAUGAGCUUCCUGCCGUUCCAAAAGAUACCCAUUGUAUGGGAAGGUUGACCAUCAUUCUUGAGUUCCUCCACGAGUAACAGAUGAUGGAACCUGAAUCAGGAAAUUGGCCUGGUGGAGAAGAUGGCUGAGAACCUGUAUGCUUCAGCUGCCAAGCAGGCCCCUCAUGAUUUCAAGAUCACGGUUGUCUUCUAUGCCUAAAACCAAUAGGUGUCACUGAUUUGACCAUGAAACUUUUCGAUUCUGAUGCAGAGGGCAUUGUUGACUUCAGUGACCUGAAAGGAUCCACUUUCUUGACUUGGUUCUCCUAGGAGCUACCAAAAGCUUCGAUCGAAAUGCUAAUGCUCUACAACCUCUGCUGGAUACAGUUUGCAGUCCCCAGAGCUACAGUUCCUCGAUUGACCUCGUCAGGUUUGCUACAGAGGUGUUCCACAAUUUGCAUGAAGAAGUAAUGAACACUGCUUCUAGAGGUCAUAACAUGAUACUUCGAGUCCAACAGCUAGAGACACAGAUUCCAGCAAUAUCAAAUGGCCUUUUUCAUGGGAGUGGCUCUUCAUGUUUGUCUUGUAGGGAAGGUAUUGAUUGGCACUGUAAUAUCCAAGUGGACCAUAAUCUAAUCACUGCAGGAGAUAUGCCGCAUUUUUUCAUGGAUAUGUAUGAAGAAUGUCAUGGUCCACCACAGUUAUUCAAGCUAGACAAGUUUGAUGUUGGUGGUGAUGGAGCAUGUUUGAAGAGAUACAGUGAUCCAUCUCUUUUUAUGAUGGAAUUGACAUCCUCCAGAUUGGUGGAACAUGACCCUCGGAGAGAAAAAAGAACUUGCAAAACAAAGAAGAAGGUAUCAUUUUCCUGUGGUGGUGAACCACCUAAAUCUUUCUUAAUGUCUCACUUUGAUUCCAGAUUGCAGCCUGCUACUUCUGGCCAAGUUCUUGACAAAGUAACCUUACAACAUGUCAAGUUGAAACCUAGACAACUGAAUGAAUCAGUUAGUCACAGUCUAAGAAGUUACAUGGAGAAUCAUAUUGAUUUGCUUCCAACAGAGCAGCAAGUGGCUUCCGAGACAUCUAUAAUUCAAUCCAUCGGAAUGAAAUCUGCUGACUUGAUUAAGUCGGCCACUGAGGUGCAUGCAAUUGUAGUUGAUACAUCUUCCAACAGAGAGAAAAACCAAAGCCGAUCUCCUACCAAGCAGGAAAUGACAACUGCAGGUGACUCAGAGAAGCAGAAAAUAGAAAGGAUGAAUUUUUCAGAUAAACAGUUUGAGCCAACUAGUGAAGUACAAAACGUGCAUUCUGUCUAUUUUAUGCUGGAAGAAAAGGCAGUAGUUUCCAAGAAUAAAAAUAUAACUGAAGGCCAUUUAUAUGGUUCUCAGCCUAGUGAAGUAGACCUAAAUCUUUCAGUUGAUCAAGAAGUCGAACAAAAUGGAUUUUCACCUGAUGCUGAAUGUAGAUCACAAAACAGUUCUGAUGGCUAUAUUUCUGAUGAGAUUUCUAGUGACUUGGACAAUUACAUGGACGCACUUACCACAAUGGAAUCAGAAUUAGAAACAGAUGCUGAGAAUCAAGGUAAUACAGAUUCAGUUUUUGUCAGCACUGAAUCUCAAGAGACAGAUUCUGAUGCAAGUGAUGCUAAUGAGGAACAGGAGGAGUUACAAGCUCAAUAUUCUAAACAGUAUUUUAUAAAAAAUUCUGCUUCAUCACCAGGUUUCACUACAAUAUUCAGGAAAGGGGCAGCAAAUCUUUCCUUCUCAGAUACUUUAGGUCAUAUGGCUGCUCAAUUAUUAGAAGAGAACAAGAAUGACUCUGAUUUUCCUCCAGAGUCAGAUGUUGGCCUAGGCGAAAUGAAGGGUACCCAUUUUGAGCAGACAUAUAAUGAGCCUGUGAAAUGCAAAUCUUCAGAGCAUUUACUUCUAAGGACAUCAGAUGUUUCUUCAUCUGCUGUACACAGAGAAGCAUUUUGUAGAUCUUCUAUCACAGACUUAACUUCUACAAUCUCAUUGGUUACGUUAAACAUUAUGGAGACAUCCCCAUCUUAUGAGAGAAAAACUGGCCAAGCUGUAAGCCAUUUGGAUGGUGAGUCACCAUGCAAAGUAGAUGCUUCCGAACUCCCUUCUGAAGAAAAGAUUAACAUGUUACAUGGAGAGUUUGCUAAAAACCCUGGCAUCUUAUCUGAUUCUCUACACCAUAUGACAGACCUAAAGCUUUUGAUGAAAGAUGAUAUUCCUAAAGAAAGUGAUCCCAAUGAAUAUAUCAAGGAGCAAAGCACACAUGAUGUGGUGAGUUCUAACAGGCCGGUGCUUCACUUGCAGAAACAACAUGAAACUGCUCUUGAAGUAGGUACCACAGAUAUUGAAGUCUCAGACCAUAUAAAGUCUCAAGAGUCAGAAAAGCAUGAUCAAGGAGCUUGUUGCCUUGUGAAGCCUGCUGUACUGGAUGAAGAUUUGGGAAAUGCCAUCACAGGUAAUGACAGUUUAGCAGCUUCAACAUUGGUAUUAACACAUGAAAAUGCCGAUGCUGUAACCCAAGGAAUAACUCCCAUGCCUAACAUGUCAACCUGUAAGGCGGAUAUUUUAUCUGGGGCACAUGAAUCUCCAUGGACCUUUACUGGACAUAAAGCAUUUUCUGAUAACACGGAUGUCCUGUCUGAACCUGUUGGAAUAAUCUUAUCUACUGAAAAUGAACUGCCGAAAUGCAAUCCAGAAGAAUCAGGUGACGACAUUACCAGUGAUGUUGAUUUUAGCGAAUCUAACAUGCCAUCAUCAAAUGAAACCAUAUGUGGGGAACUUUCUUUUGAAGGAUCUAUUCCAUUUCAAUGCAAUUCUGAUUUGCAUAAAAAUACCUCCGGUUCUGUUUCGGUACCUGCUCCACUAAUCCGGUUGAAUAAGGACUCGAUAUCUGAAACUAUUCUGCAGCAAUCUUCUGAACAGCAGCCACAACUAGCUUCGAGUGCACCACUUCCAGAGGAUAAUGUUACAUCGGAAGAUACUAAAGAGAUACUUCCAGGGAGAUUGACAAAACCUCCUCAGGCUUCUCUUGUCUCCAGUUGUAGUGUGGCCCAACCUCCAAGUGGAUCAAACACUGACAUAUCAUUAUCAACCGUUGAGAAGGAACAUUCAGGAGACUUACUAGCUGGAGUUGAAAUUACAGGGUCAGAUUGUACCGUGCAGUCUCCAAAAUCAUGUGAUAUAACAGUAGCUGUCAAGGGUGGCUACGAAGAUAUCUUACACUCAGAUAGAAAGUUGGUGCACCCAGCUUUGGAGUUGCCACAUGAAGAGGACAAGCAGGUGCAUGAUGGCAACGCAUUUGAAGAAGAUUGCAUGAGAGCAACAGAACUGCCAUCAACUGUAGAAAAUGAAAGCUCUCGAGACAUUUCUGUAUUGAAAGGUUCAAAAACAUAUCCUCCAACAUUGUCAGAGGUAAUUCCAAGUUUAAAUGAGAGGUGUCAAGAGUUAGAACUAAAGAGAUCUCAGAAUGGUAUUGCAGAUGGUGAGAAGCACAAGGACACCCACGAAGUUGCUGGUUCUGCCUUAACUGUGAAUGGUAAGCUUCCACUACCACCAUCCACAAAACCUAAGAAAUCUGGACAUGGAUCUCUUUCUACAGAAGAAAAGGAUUCAUCCUCUUUACAUUAUUUAACCACACCGACUACAGAGAAUGAGAAACCCACAAACAAACUUCGCUUGGUUAUCAGUAGGCCUAAUGACCCCUUGAUUGAGGCUAUUGCAUCUCAUGACAAAAGCAAGUUGAGGAAGGCACCCCAGCUGAUUCAUUCUUCUGUCAUGCCAAAGUCCGAUGAAAAAGGAUCGUUUCUGGAGCAGAUAAGGAACAAAUCCUUCAACCUGAAACCAAUGGUGGCACCGACAGUGAAGUUCAAAGGUGGCCCUCCAACAGACGUAAAGGUCAUCGCCAUUUUAGAGAAAGCAAAUGCAAUCCGGCAGGCAUGUGCAGGAAGUGACGACGACGACGAUGACGAAGAAGAUAACUGGAAGAGUGAUUCUUAGGAAUCACUGACCACAAGAAGUACUUACAGAACUUCAAACGGAUUCACUUUGCUGAUCAUUUUGAGAUUAGAACGAGGGGAUGAUCGAUAGAGUGUUGCUCAACGUUGAGAAUCACAUUCAUGGAACUACUGCUACUAUCUCGGUCACAUAUUAUGAACGUUACUGUUCUUGUUCAGAUCAAGAUUGACAUGCCAUCCGGGUAGAGUGUAGUAGUUGUAUGGAGAUCUAUUACAUCUAUCGCAUUUUUCUUCGUCGGAUUGUAGGAUGA